AGACCAGGGAUACUGAGUGGAAGAAGAAGUUCAUUGAAACCAUGGGUGAUUGCCAUUAUUAUCACAACAGUCGUAUUAGCUCUGGCAAUAAUUGUUGGUCUCCUUGUUUAUUUUUUGGCAUAUGAUCAGAAGUUUCAGUAUUACCAGGCCUCCUUCCGGAUUCCCAAUAUUGAAUAUAGUCCUGAUUUUUCUGUAGAACACUCAAAAAUUAGGACCAACCUGAAAAAUAAAAUCAAUAAUGAGAUAGAUAAGAUAUUUCAAACUUCCAAUUUAAAGCAUCAUUACAUCAAGUCUCAUGCUGUCAACUUUAGGCCAAGUGAUAAGGGUUUGAAAGUGGAUGUACUGCUUAAAUUUCAGUUUACUUCUAACAGUGCAAACACUAUAAAAAGGCAGGCUGAUGACAUUUUACACAGGAUGUUGAACUCAAAUGAGAGCUUCUUGAAGAAAGACCCUUCAUUACCUUAUCUUAGAGAAAUGAAUGGAGCACAAGCAGAACAUAUUCUGAACAGUUGUUGUGGUUUAGGGAAGGAGUACCCACCCAUGGAAAGAAUUGCUAAUGGCCAAGUAGCAAAUAAAGCUGACUGGCCAUGGCAAGCCAGCCUGCAGAUAGAUGGGGGCCAUUUCUGCGGAGCAUCUUUGAUCAGCGAAGAGUGGCUACUGACAGCUGCUCACUGUUUUGAACUUUACAAAAACCCCAAACUAUGGACGGCAAGUUUUGGAACAACCCUGAAUCCUCCACUGAUGAGAAGACAGGUGCAGUCAAUCAUUGUUCACGAAAACUACGCUGCCCACAAGCGUGAUGAUGACAUCGCUGUGGUGAAGCUCUCCACCCCAGUCCUAUUUUCUGAAGAUGUGCACAGAGUCUGUCUCCCAAAUACUACAUUUGAAGUCUUGCCUAAGAGUAAAGUGUUUGUCACUGGAUGGGGAGCAUUAAAGGCAAAUGGUCCCCUUUCAAAUACACUGAGACAAGUUGAAGUAGAGAUCAUAAGUAAUGAUAUAUGUAAUCAAGUUAAGGUGUAUGGUGGUGCUGUAUCAUCAGGAAUGAUAUGUGCUGGAUUCUUGACAGGAAAACUCGAUGCCUGUGAGGGUGAUUCUGGAGGACCUCUGGUUAUUGCACAGGGUAGAAACAUCUGGUAUCUAAUUGGAAUAGUAAGCUGGGGAAUAGACUGUGGAAAAGAAAACAAACCUGGACUUUAUACCAGAGUGACUCAUUAUCGGGACUGGAUUAAAUCUAAAACCAACAUCUAAUAUAACAACUAGCUCAACAACUAAACUGCAGUUGUCAUAUGUGGUCUCUAGCAACAUGUAUUCAGUGUGUGUUGUCUUGUGUAUUAUCAUAAAGUUCAAGAUGCAAAUAAGUGUGGUCUGAUGCCCUUCCCCUUAAAAAUGAAGAAAGGAUAUUUUCAAGUCACCUGAAGUGAUUUGCUGACCAUGAGUGCAGAUCAUACUGUUAGCUCCACAAAAAUCUGCCAUUCCUGAAAAGUCUCUGAUUAUCUCUUGCUCAUCUUUCUUUUCCCACAAUUCAUUUUAGAGUAAUCUGGCAGUUUAACCAGAUAAGUACAAACUGACAAGGGAUUCUCUACUUUUUUCUGACAGAGCAUUCUUUCCUUCCCUGAUGACUCCAAGUUUUUGUCUUCAUCAAAUAAUCCUCAAAAAGAAUCUCUUGAUCCACUGACUAGACAAGAUAAU